AUGCGCUUCGAGGAUAUUCUAACACCAAGGGUCGAUAAAGUGCAACUAGUUGAUCGUUGGGGCGCUGAAUCGAACAUUUGUGGAACGGUUCAUGUAACGACAAGCCACGUAAUCUUCAAAGCAGACGAAGGAAGUCGAGAAAUUUGGCUAGCCAAUGGGUUGAUUGGAACGGUGGAACGUGGCUCUUUGUCUGUUGCCGGAUGUCCACUUCUGAUUCGUUGCAAACACUUUAUGCAGAUUCAUCUUCUGAUAAAUCGCGACAAAGUUUGCCAAGAACUCUACGAAACACUCGUUAACUGCUCGAAGCCAACAAAUAUUGAAAGUGUCGUUGCUUUUGAAAACAGAGACCAAAAUGAAGAUGCCCGUGGCUGGAAACGUCUGGAAUGGAUGACAGAAUUCUCUCGACAAGGUGUCUCCUCUAGUUGGAUGAAGACGGACAUUAAUGCGAAUUACAAGUCUUGUGACACCUACCCUGAGCAGCUCUGGGUUCCCUCCACUGCACGGACACCACUUCUAGAAGGAUCUAUCAGCUUUCGAAGUCGAGGAAGAUUUCCAGUACUUACUUAUUUUCAUCGAACAAAUGGAGCAGCGAUAGCAAGAUGCUCACAACCAAAUGCCGGCUUUCGAGCGCGCUGUGUUGAAGACGAAACCUUUAUGACGUUGAUUGGAAAAGCAAAUCCUCAUCAAGAAAUUGUGUAUUUGAUUGAUACACGACCUAUGGUUAAUGCAAUGGUGAACAAAGUCCAAGGAAAGGGCUUUGAGGAUGAACGAAAUUACGCGAAUAUCCGCUCAUACUUUUACGACAUUGAAAACAUUCAUGUGAUGCGCUCAAGUCAAAUUAAAGUUGUUGAAGCUUGUGCUCGAGCUAAGACCAUGACUGAAUAUCUAAAAGCUAUCGACUCUUCUGGAUGGUUAAAACAUCUGAGGAUCGUUACCGAAUGUUCGCUAUUUAUUGCCGAUAGCAUUGCAAAAGGAAUCUCUUGCGUUAUUCAUUGUUCCGAUGGUUGGGACCGAACGUCGCAAACGGUAAGUUUGGCCCAAUUGCUUCUUGAUCCAUUCUUCCGAACGAUACAUGGAUUCCAAGUUUUGAUUGAAAAAGAUUGGCUUGGCUUUGGACACAAAUUUGACGACAGAUGCGCUCACAUUGGUGCAAACAAUGAAGAAGCUCCAAAAGAGAUAUCUCCAGUGUUCUCCCAAUGGCUUGAUUGUGUAUGGCAAGUUUGGAGAAUGCGACCUCGAGCUUUCCAGUUCAACGAGCGUUUUCUCAUCGAGCUCCAUGAGCAUGCAUAUUCUUGUCAAUAUGGAACGUUUUUGGGCAACUGCGAUUCGGAUAGAAAGAGUCUCUCAUUAUCAACACGAACUAAAUCUUUGUGGACACAUCUGGAUUCACGGCGCGAUGAUUUCCUUAACCCGUUUUAUGAGCCAGCUUCAUUUGGUUAUUUGCUCGAUAUCGAUAUAAGAGCUAGUUCGUUCGUGGUCUGGAGUGGACUUUACAAUCGUUUUGAUGAAGGAAUUCUACCACGAGAGGAUAUUUACAAUUCAACUAUGGCGACAAUUGAACACGUUGGAAUCUUGGAAGCACAUGUCGCUCAACUCAGAAAUAAACUAGUAGAGUUGAAGCAGCAACUGGGAAAGUCAGCGCCGGGCAACGCAUCAAUUAUGGCCGACAGUGGACAUGGAUCGAGCAGUGGAGCCGAGGGAGUAGAUGGGAUUCAAAGCCCCACGAGCGUGUCGAUCAGUGGUUUUGGCGAAGAGAGUGGAUACUGCGAGGGAUUACUUCAACCAGUGGCUCUUAAAUGGAUGUCUGAAAGGGAUGCGACUAGUUGCUCAUCUCCAAAUUGUGGUUUUGAAUUUACGUCGAGGAGUGAACGCCGUAUGCACUGUUAUCGAUGUGGAAAGAUAUUCUGCCGUCGUUGUGUUCAUUUGACGAGCGAUGAGCGAGAACGCGUGUGCAAUCUUUGCAAUAAUGCAUCA